AUGCCUUCGGUUUUCGUUACUGGUACGACCCCGGCGCAUCCAAAGAACUCUAUUGAGAGGGCAGCCUCGGUCGUUUUCUUGGCUUUUGUAUUGUCUUAUACAAGCUGCUUUCAAUACGUCUCAAUGACUGCAGGAGAAGCUGAGAACCCCAGAGCAGUUUUGCCUCGGACAUAUAAGUCUAUCCUCUGGCGGCUAACCGCCUUUUUCGUUCUUGGGUCUCUCGCUGUCGGCAUUGUCGUGCCCUCAAACGACUCUAAUUUACAAGAAGCAUACUCCAACAGCAAGGGGGGUGCGGCUGGGUCUCCGUAUGUUCAAUCAAUGGACAUCCUCGGCAUUCCUAUCCUGCCGCACAUUGUGAACGCCUUAAAUUUGACUUCUGCCUUCAGUGCAAGAAACAGCACGACCUACUGCGCGACGCGUACGCUGUACGGUAUGGCGCUUGAAGGCAAGGCGCCCCGCUUUUUGGCGAGGUGCAACAAGGCCGGCGUCCCUUGCUAUUCCGUUGCGGUGGUUUUGUGCUUCGGCGGUCUUUCCUUCCUGCAGGUCUCUGACUCAGUCGCUGUGGUCCUCAACUGGUUCAGUUCGCUGGUUACUGCUUCUCAGCUGAUCAAUUUCUGUGUUAUUGCAUUUACCUUCACGCGCUUCAUGAAAGCAUGCAAAGCACAAGGGAUCUCCCGGGAUUCACCACUAUACAAGGCACCAUUUCAACCUUGUAGACUUGCGUUUAGUCUCCAGUCUUGGUCCUCAAUCAUUGUACCGUACUGA